AUGUUGCUAAAAGAAACAACAUACAAAAACUUAGCACUGCCACACAAUCUAGUACUCGAAGAAUCAUACUUUUCACCAAGAUCGAAAACGCACAACCCAGAUUCUUCACUAGACGAUAAAGAAAAACUCGAAACCGAGGCAGAAAAGGACCCGCUGGCGGCAACCGUCUGGCGACUCUAUACGAAAGCAAAGGGUAUCUUACCAGACGGUGAGAGACUAGAGAAUUUAAUGUGGAGAGCUAUGUUUAUUUCACGGAAAAAACGUGACAUGUGGAAGAAAAAACAACACUGCGAGAUUUAUACAAAACAGAAUAGUAAUACAAGGAGUUCACUAUCGAGUCUUACCACUACUUACUCUCUGCCUAAUAAUACCUCACAACAACAAACAUAUGGAACUUCGAAAACAGAAAAUAUUUAUAACGUGUAUCGAAAUGGUAAUGAUAUUGAAAUGCUGGAUUCAGAAGAAGAAACAAAUGACCACGAAUUCGAAGUAAUGAUCUUCACAGAUGACCAUAACCCACAUAUGGUAGCAUCUCCAUCAGACUCAAUUGCAAGUCUUAACGAAGAUAAUCUUUCAACUUCAUCGACUUCACCCGUUUUAUCUUCUACUACAUCGGCAGCUAUCCCAAUCCCAAUACCAACAUCAACUUCAAUGCUAACAACUUCGUCUUGUUUUGAUGAUGCUUCAAGUUCACAUGAAUUGAAUCUAGAAGCAUCGUCACCUUCACAUUUUGGUGUUGGUAUUGGUACUGCAUCAGCAACUUCACAAAGUAUAAUGAAUGGAAGAAAUACUGCUGGACUUUUUACGCGUACGAAUACCGCAAAUAUUCAACAUCAUCCUUUUAUAAUGCCAUUCCCAAAUAGCGGUGGUAAUCAAAUGUCUUAUAGACAGGGACAUCGGCCACAAUUUCCAAUUUCUCAAUUGAGUAUUACAAUACCGACAGACACUGACGAGUCAGAUCUUGAUUUGCCGGAUUCAAUGUCUUCUUCUCUCGCGACAACAGCGUCGACAAAUACACAGUAUACAUUACCUUCCUGUAAUUCUUCAUAUGAUCAACAUACAAUAGAAACUUACGGAGCUGCUACUGGUGGUAUAAAAAAUACCAGCAGUACACCGGAUGGAUCAGGUUUCUUCUUAUUUCCGUAUCCUACGACUACAGGAGAAACUAUAAACGGUCCACAUAACUCGCAAGCUUCAUUUUACGAUUUAAUACCCUAUAAUUAUAUAGGUGGAAAUGAAGAAACAUCGCAUUCACCAUCACAAUUUUCUCAUAUUAAUCCAACUCAAUUACUUACCUCAUCACCGACAACAACAAAUACAGUUCCAUAUAAUGCGAUAACACCAUCGGAAUCACGUACUGGCACUGUUGCUGGUGCACAUAAAUCAAGUAAUCCAACAACAUGUACCAAUUGUAACACACAAACAACUCCAUUAUGGCGACGUAAUCCAGAAGGACAGCCAUUAUGUAAUGCAUGUGGACUAUUUCUGAAACUACAUGGUGUUGUGCGACCAUUGAGUCUUAAAACUAACGUGAUAAAGAAGAGAAAUCGAGGUGGACCAGCAGCAGCUGGUAAAGUCCAGAAACCCGGUAAAGGAAUUCAAAUAGGAGCGGGAAGUAUGGGCGUGAUGAGUAAACGGAUGUCAUUAAAUUCAACUGUACCAUCACGAUCACUCCACAAUCCAAUGAUGAAUGGAACAGUACAACCAUUUAUAACGCAACAAUUGCGAUUCGGACAGCAAUCACAGAGUCAUUUGAAUAUACAACAAUAUUAUAAUCAGUAUAAUAAUUAUAAUCAAUUUCAUAUUCCACCACAUCAUCUUCCUAAUAAUCAGGAAGGAUAUUUAAUAAUGAACAACAACAACAACAACAAUAGUGCAUCAUCAAAUGCGAAUGAUCAACUGGCGACAUUUUAUCAACAACAACAACUUCUGCUUCAGCAGCAGCGUCAGGAUAUAAAAUCGCAUCGGGGACUUCAAUAUCCACCAUCAGCUAGUACAAAUAAAUUUCUACCUUCUCAUUUAAUUCACCGAGCACAACCAGCCGGAUCAAUAUUGUUUGCAAAUAGCAAUAAUCCAAAUAAUCCGUCAAUAAAAUAUAUUUCUGAUAACAUCACAUCGUCGUCAAAUUCUUCUCUACCGAUGGUCCCCAACUCACUUCGCGAACAAUAUGGUAAUCCGGAACUAUUACAGGUAGAAUUUGGUGAACACGGCGGUGAUGUUGCUACAUCAACAGGUGAAUUAAUUCACAACACGAAUAAUGCAUUCACAAAUAAUCAUCAUCAAUCCAUAACGAUGUCAAUGGUUCCGCCAGAUAUAUAA